AUGAGCAAGUUUGGCGUUAUGGUGAUGGGACCUGCGGGCGCUGGCAAGUCCACGUUCUGCGGAGCGCUCAUUACCCACCUGCAGCUCAACCGACGGUCGGCGUUCUACGUCAACCUUGACCCGGCAGCCGAGACCUUUGAGCACACACCCGACCUCGACAUCCGCGAACUUAUCUCGCUCGAAGAUGUGAUGGAGGAGAUGAGUCUCGGUCCGAACGGCGGGCUGAUCUACUGCUUCGAGUUUCUGAUGGAGAACCUCGAUUUCUUGACUGAGGCCCUCGACUCACUAACCGAGGACUACCUCAUCAUCUUCGACAUGCCCGGCCAAAUCGAACUGUACACCCAUGUGCCCAUCCUGCCAGCGCUCGUCCGCUUCCUGACGCGCGCCGGUGCCCUCGACAUCCGUCUGUGCGCCGCCUACCUCCUCGAGGCCACCUUUGUCGUCGAUCGCGCCAAGUUCUUUGCCGGCACCCUCAGCGCCAUGAGCGCCAUGAUCAUGCUCGAGAUUCCUCACCUCAACAUCCUCAGCAAGAUGGACCUCGUUCAAGGCCAAAUCCGCAAGAAAGACCUCAAGCGCUUCCUCACUCCCGACGUUGGUCUGCUCGAGGACGAUCCCGCUACUGCACACGUGACGCCUGCGCCAACAGCAGGCUCUUCUACUGCUGUCGACUCGGCGGCGACGUCGUCUGUGACGCCCUUUGGGCCUGUCGCUGCCUCGGAUGUCUUCGCUUCAGUCGACCCUAACGACAAGGAGCAGCUCAUGCGCGGCGCGUCUUUUCGGCGGCUCAAUCUUGCCGUUGCCAACCUGAUUGAGAGCUUCAGCAUGGUCUCCUACCUCAAGCUCGAAGCCUCGAGCGAAGAGAGCGUCGGUGCGAUCCUCAGCUACAUUGACGAUUGCAUCCAGUUCAACGAAGCCCAGGAGCCCAAAGAACUGAAGGAAGAGGAGUUCGAGGACGACGUGUAA